AUGAUCGAUUUCAACGGCGAUUGGGACGAACCCGAUAUCUGGUCAACUCCAACCCCCUCUCCCCUCACAGCGGAUCAUACUUCUGACCCGACUGGCGCUGAUCUCGGCGCUUCAAAAAACCAAAUAUCACAAGAACCUCAAGCUUCAUCAUCCAGUUCAAUACAGUCCUCACCUGAUCUCUCCGACCCAUCCUUCCAGCCCAGCGAAAACAUCCACCCCGAGUCAAACUCGGACCAAGAACUAAGUACUCCCACAGCCCUUCGAUCGCCACUACAAUUACAAUCCUACCUCCAAUCCCCACCCAAAUCUACCGCACUCGACUCUGCCCUAGAACUACCUCCCAGCGAUUCACAAUUUGCUACCUUACCUUUGGCCACUGGCUCCUGGUCGACUGGCGAAACUAUCUCAAAUGAUGGUCUGUUUGAUCCCAAUCCACCCUCGGGAUUCGACGAGUUUGACUCCCAUCAAGGAUUUGAUAAUGAGGACAGCAAUGAGGAUGAUGAAUUUGGAGACUUUGACGAUGGCGAGAUGACUGUCAGUGAUGAGAACUUCGGAGGCUUUACCGCCUCAUCACCCCUACCUCCAACUUUGCCGACCAUGCCGGUGGUACCAUUCAAGCUACCCGAUCAGUUCUCCGAGGGCGCUGUACGGGCCGCCCUGACCCCAGCAUUGGAGGCUCUAUUUACCGAACAUUAUUCCCGGCCGGAUCCAUCUCAAGCUUGGCUUGAACCUCUACCGCCCGCUCAGAAAAAAAAGAGUGAACAACGCUCCACGAGUGAGUCUCGACAAAUGCCCACGAUACUCAAAUCGGAAGAUUUGCAAAGAACUUGGCGAACCCUAGUGGAUGGAGGAAAUGGACUUGGAAGGCCGGUCGAAUGGAGGCGCAGUCAGAUCCGUCGUUUUCAUCUGGUUCAUCUCGGCAUCCCAGUCGAUCUCAACGACUUCCUUGCACCCCCUCCCUUAGCCAGCAAGCUGUUGACCAUCGAUACCAAACGUACCAGUCCCCGUCUCAACGGUCAAUCAAACUGCCAUUCACCCGCAACGGUCUCCCCGUUCCAUGGGCCGAAUCUAGAUCAAAAACGGUGCGAGGAACUAGUAGGAAUGAGUGAAGCCAGCCUAUCCACCCGAGACCUUGAGCAACUCGCGUCAAUCCGGGACGAACUUGAAUUAUUGGGCCGGCGAGCCUCAGAAAUGUUGGUGUUUAAGCAACAAAAGAGAGAUCGAUCGAUCCAAGAUUGCAAAUCGUAUAAUACGAUGAUUUCGGAUUUGGUACUAGCGGCGCAAAAGAUCCAGAUGGCCUCGCCUGGCUCGACUAAAAGAGCCUCCUCGAUUAACAUCGGCUCGUCCUCGAUCUCUGGUUCAUCUUCCAAGUGGCCCUCCUUGGCUCGAAGUAACAGUCAUAGCAAUCGUACUGGGCCUGCUCAGACCACUUCUUCCCCUCCUAUCGACACCCCCGGUAGCAAGGCUCAUUGA